GCAGCGCGGGGCGGGGCCUGUCGGGUCCCGUGACCGAGGGCGAGUCACGUGACGUGGCUCUGCCGGCCAAGAUGGCGGUGUGCGUGGCGGUGAUCGCUAAGGAGAACUACCCGCUGUACAUCCGCAGUGUCCCCACGGAGAGCGAACUGAAGUUCCACUACAUGGUGCACACAUCGCUGGACGUGGUGGAUGAGAAAGUCUCGGCCAUGGGCAAGGCCCUGGUGGACCAGCGGGAGCUGUACCUGGGCCUGCUGUACCCCACAGAGGACUAUAAGGUGUACGGCUACGUCACCAACUCCAAGGUGAAGUUCGUCAUGGUGGUGGAUUCCUCCAACACGGCCCUGCGGGACAACGAGAUCCGCAGCAUGUUCCGGAAACUGCACAACUCUUACACAGAUGUGAUGUGCAAUCCCUUCUACAACCCAGGCGACCGCAUCCAGUCCAGGGCCUUUGACAGCACGGUGGCAGCUAUGAUGACCCAGGUGUGCUGAGGGACGCGCCACCACCUCAGGAGCGGCCGGUCUGUCCCUGUGGUGUCCAUGUCCUGUUCCACCCAUGUGCCCCGGAGGCACCAACUAAAGUGUGUGUGUCCAGUAUGCUGUCUGCUCUGCUGCGUCAGCCAGGCUGGGGCCGACAUACGGAGGCCCAGCCCCCUGCUCGAAUGGUGUCUGGCACCCAGUGCUGGCUGGGGAGCCCAGGACCCCCGUGCCUCUGCGCCUCCCCAGCCUCACUGCAAGUGGGCCAUGAUCUCUGGUGACCGUGGGAGAACUCUGGUGGGCAGCAAGGUGGGCAGGCGCAGCAGGAGGAGGGAAACGGGAGGCUCUUCCUGCACAAGACCCCCCAAGCACGGACCCACCCUGCCCUCUUGUGCCCAACGUCCUGGAGGCCCCCUCAGCUGCACGUGGCCUCGCCAGGCCUUCGGCCUAUGGCUGUGUCUCCCACCCGCCUCCCCGUGUCCUGUGGAGCCCGUCGGCCUGGCCCCUCCUGCCAUGUCCUCUCAGCACCCCCUGGGAGCCCGCUGACCAUGGAAGACUUGGGCCGUGCACACUCCCAGCUUCGGGGAGCCUGGGCAGCGGCAGCUGCAGACCCCACUCCCAGGGCCCCCCUCUCCCGACCUGGCGUGGCUCCCCCUCAGGGCCACCGGGCGUGUCUGGCCACGAGAGACACUGUCCACGGUGUCUUUAAAAGAAUAUUCUUGUUUAUUAGUUCA